ACAGAGGGUAACUCAGAUCAGGCUUAGAAAUCACUUGACUUAACUCAGCAGCACUUUUUCUUUUCUUUGUGUCUGUAUUAUUUUAGCAGCCUUCUCUAAAUACUGGAGGCAUUGGAUUUCAUGUCGCCAAAAGGAAUUUAAAAAUGACAAAAGUGUAAUCUGUUAGAAAUAGUUAAUUUGUAGAAUUUUACUCUAUAAGGGGGUUUAGUUUCAAUUUGUUUUGAAAUGAAGGAAUUAAGUUGUGUUUUUAACCAAAUGAAUUGGCAUCUUUAUAUUUAGGAGAAGUAACGUUGGUGAUUAUUUAUUUCAAGAAUCAUGACUGGAAAAAGCUUGGAAGUUUAGUAGAGGAGUAUAUGUUGUACAUGCAAAGACAAGAUCUGCAUGAAUCUAUGUAUUUCUGGGUGUCUGGUGAAGGCCAUUUUAGGUGACUGGCCAGAGAAGGAGCUGCCCUAGUGAUCCUUGAGUCACAGCCAUACUGCUAGGACCAUGACUACCAUACCAAGAAAAGGCAGCAACCACCUGCUUGGCAGUUUGCACACCUGUAAACUGAAGCUGCAGGAGGACCGGCGACAGCAAGAAAAAUCUGUCAUUGCUCAACCCAUAUUUGUUUUUGAAAAGGGAGAACAAACUUUUAAGAGACCUGCAGAAGACACCCUGUAUGAAGCAGCAGAACCAGAAUGUAAUGGUUUUCCAAGAAAGCGUGUACGGUCUUCAUCUUUUACUUUUCAUAUUACAGAUUCUCAGUCCCAGGGAGUGAGGAAAAACAAUGUUUUUAUGACAUCAGCUCUUGUGCAAAGUAGUGUUGAUAUAAAGAGUGCUGAACAAGGUCCUGUGAAACAUUCUAAACAUGUUAUUAGACCUGCUAUUUUGCAGCUACCUCAAGCUCGAAGUUGUGCAAAAGUAAGAAAAACAUUUGGACACAAGGCACUGGAAUCUUGCAAGACUAAAGAAAAAACAAAUAAUAAGAUUUCUGAGGGAAAUUCCUAUUUGUUAAGUGAAAAUUUAUCAAGGGCUAGAAUUUCAGUCCAGCUGUCUACUAACCAGCACUUUUUAGGUGCAACAUCAGUAGGAUGUCAACCAAAUGAAGAUAAAUGUUCUUUUAAAAGCUGCAGUUCCAAUUUUGUUUUUGGAGAAAACAUGGUAGAAAGAGUUUUGGGUACUCAAAAACUCACCCAGCCUCAACUUGAAAAUGAUUCAUAUGCCAAGGAAAAUCCAUUCAAAUCCAUUCCGAAAUUUCCUGUCAACUUUUUAAGUUCAAGAACAGACUCUAUUAAAAAUACUUCCCUAAUUGAAUCAGCUGCUGCAUUCUCUUCCCAACCAUCACGAAAAUGCUUGCUGGAGAAAAUUGAUGUUAUAACAGGGGAGGAAACAGAACAUAAUGUGUUAAAGAUAAACUGCAAGCUUUUCAUAUUCAACAAAACAACACAAUCCUGGAUUGAAAGGGGCAGAGGAACGUUGAGACUGAAUGACACAGCAAGCACUGACUGUGGAACAUUACAGUCAAGACUAAUUAUGCGCAAUCAAGGCAGUCUAAGGCUGAUCCUCAACAGCAAACUCUGGGCCCAAAUGAAGAUUCAAAGAGCAAACCACAAAAAUGUACGAAUAACAGCUACUGAUUUAGAAGACUAUAGCAUCAAAAUAUUUUUAAUUCAGGCCAGUGCCCAAGAUACAGCAUAUUUGUAUGCAGCAAUACAUCAUCGUCUUGUUGCACUUCAAAGCUUCAAUAAGCAGAGAGAUGUCAAUCAAGCUGAAAGCCUGUCAGAAACAGCCCAACAAUUGAACUGCGAAAGCUGUGAUGAGAAUGAGGAUGAUUUCAUCCAAGUCACUAAAAAUGGAUCAGAGACACCUCAUGAGUCACACAAGAAAAUUAGUCUCAGUACUUAUAGCCCUAUUUCAUUUUUCAAUUCAGUUUUAUCACACCAUGGCUUCGAAGUGACUUUGAUUGUGACCCCUAAGCAAUUCUCUGAUUAGGGGAUAAAAAUUCAUAAUUCCAAGAUGUUUCUGAAAAUGUUCUGAACAAUGACAACAUAUUUGGAAUGAGGGCGUAAUUUCACUAAGUGAUACUUCGAAGAACAAUAUUCAUUUGGAUAUGCAAACACACAUUUUCAAAAGUUAUAUUACUGUGUUACCAUACCUGUUAUAAAAUAAUAAAAAUAUAUAAGUAUUUAUUAAGUCAAACUUCAGCAACUGCCUGAAAGUUUAGCAUAUGGAAGUUAAAUUAAGUCUUUCAGAUUAUGAUUAUGACAAUUGUUCAACAUUUUGUCCUUCCUUAUAACUGAGAAAGCAUAACUUAAUAUAACUACUAAGAGAGGCCCAUUCAUUCUUCCAGUGAUUCUAGAAGAAAUAUGGCACAUAAUAUCCUUUACUUCUAAAUAAAGGAGUCAAUGACUCAGAAAAUAAAGAGGAAAAAUAAAGUAAAUGUGAGAGAGAUGAAGAAAAGAUAGAAGGGGAAAAAGAGAUUUAGUACGAAAGAAAGGACAAAAAGAAUGGACAACAGAAAUACUCUUUUUUAAAAUCAAGAAGAGUGACUCUGAUGCGGAACACACUCAGCAGAAAAUUUUCAUUAGAAACAUAACACAGAGAGAUAUUUGGAGAAGAUAAUAAAGCACUGGUUCUCUUUUAUUGUUAAGAUCUCAGCUGAUGUGGGAACAUUGUGAUUGCACUAUAAAUUGCUAAAGUGAAGAAGAGAACAAAUAACUUCAUUUAUUUAUUUUGUUUGUUUUUUAGACAGUCUCGCUCUGUCACCCAGGUUGGAGUGCAGUGGCACGAUUUCGGCUCACUUCAACCUCCCCCUCCCGGGUUCAAGGGAUUCUCGUGCCUCACUCAGCCUCCUGAGUAGCUGGGAUUACAGGCGCCCGCCAUCAUACCUGGCUAAUUUUUGUAUUUUUAGUAGAGACGGGGUUUCACCAUGUUGGCCAGGCUGGUCUUGAACUCCUGAUCUCAAGUGAUACACUUUACCUCAGCCUCCCAAAGUGUUGGGAUUACAGGCGUGAGCCACCACACCUGGUCAUCUUUAUCUUUUUGACAUGUUCAUCCUUGUCCCCACACUAAGGUAGAGAUAAAGCAAUUAUCUUCUCAAUGCUUGAAACAUUUUAAGUUGAAUUCAUUCUAUGAUUUUCUUUAGAUUUCUCCGCAUAUAUCAAUGGAAAAAAUUAACUAUCUUAAUUUCUCAUCUAUAUAGAAAUGCCAGUGCAACAAAACCAAAUGUAGGGUUAGAAUAUCAGCAAGGUAAAGAGAGAAGAGAAAAUUCCCAGAUUAUGAAAUGGAGAAGAAGAACAGAAACAUGAUAUUUAGCUCACAACUCUUUCAACCCAUUUUCUAUACACUCCAUUAUUCUUUCUUAGAAUUCUUACACAAAUAUUUAGUACAGUUUUGGAGGAAUAGUAGAAACAUUUUAUAGUUUUUCCUUGUCCUGAAUCUUCAUCUAGCCUUCUUCUUUUCAGCUUUCCUAUGUCCUUUGUUCUCCUUUUAUAAGGAGAGAUGAGUUGUACAAUAAUAUCCAUUUUCAUAAGUUAUUUAGGUAAAUUAUUUUGAAGUAUACAUGUUGGAUUUCCAAAGCAGCUGUUUUUAAUUAAAAUUUAAUUAACUAAUUUAUGUCAUUAUGUAUCUUGUGUUAAGACAACCUUAACUUUCUUUUAGUAAGAUUUUACCCAACUGUUUACCCUAAUUAUAGACAAUUAAAAUGUUCUCUCUUAAAAAAUAUUAUUUU